AUGACCGCGGCCGUCCUCGUUGCCGUCAUCGCAGCGUUGCCGGCAGUCCUCGCGCAGCCGGGGCAGAUGGGGCCGGAACCAUGCAGCACGGAGCCUGCGUGCGUGGAAGCCAUGAGCUGCGCCAAGAGGAGGGAACCCUUCUACUGGCGGAACGUCUUCGACAUCAACCGUUGCCAUCUCUCCAUGGAGGUCCGCGUGGGCCUCACUGUCUCCAUGACGGGACCACUGAGUCGCAACGCGACCACGGAGCAGAUCUUGCAGACGCUGAGGAAUCUCUCCAGUGCAAAAGGCCAGGUGGAUUUCGUCAGCAUCGGUGUCUCCUUUCCCUACUGCUUAAUCUUCUGUGUCAUGGAUGAUGAAAGCUUGCCAUGGAAGGCAGUUGAGCAUUACCGCGUCUUUGCUGGUGACUCCGGAUACGAUAGUUGCUGGGCGGUCAAAGUUUCAAAGGUGCCCAAAGGCUCCAUGGAUGUGAUGCUGGGUCCCUCUAGCAGCGACUUCCGUUUGGCUGCCGCGCAAGUGGCGGACGAGUUUCAGAGACCCUUGGUCAGCUGGUCCUUGCCCGAGAUCAUGGGCAUCUCCUUCGUACGCCCUGCGCAAUCCACGGUGCGUUCCACUGGAGCCUGGCUGGGGAAUUUGCUGGGGUCGAACUCGGUGAUCGAAACCGACAAUGUCUUCGGGCGUCUACCUGAAGAACUGCUGUUUACAUGUCGCGAUUUGGUGGUGCCCAGCAAUUACAGCCUGAGGACUAUGGCUCAGUUCCUGCCCUGUGAUGGUCCCUGCGACCUUAGCAGGGACCUGGACUAUUGCGCCGUGCCCAGGCAGGAGCUCAGCAUCACGGGGCACUGGGAUCCCCCCAGCGUCUUGAGGUCCGGCGGCUGGGAAAACGGAUGUCUUUCCUUCGAUUCCAAUGGCACCGCCGCCCGGUUGGAGAUUGUGAUGAUCUUCGACACGCCCCGCGCCAUGGUCAACGUGGACUUUUGGGGUGGCAACUCCAAAACAGGUCCUCUCCUGGUGUUGGGCUCCCGUCUCUACAGCUCUAGCCCUCCGGGGCCGUUGGUACUGCCCAGUGGCACCCAAGUCAUGCUGGAUUCCUCCUCAGAUGAACGGAUUGAGUUCAGUAUUUGUUUGAAGCAAGACUGCCAACACUUCACUUGCCCAGCUGGUUACAAGCGCACAGCCUUCGGAAGUCUUUGCAACGGCGUCCAAUGUGCCCCUGAAGAUCUGCAGAACUGCUGUGCUCUCGACCAGCUCCCACAUGUGAACGGUCCAUUUUGGAGCAAUUCUUUCACCAGCGUUCUGGACCUGGCAGUGCCUCCAAAGAAUUGGUUGGACAAUACCUUGCCACGGCUGUUGCAUCCACGAUCGCAGUUUGUGCUCUGCGUGGCGCAAUCCGACACUGACGGCCUGUUCAGCGACCUUUGCACAUCUCACAUCAACCAAGCCAUCCAAGUGGGUUUCCGAACCCUGGAGAAACAUCUGCCAGUCAUCAAUGCGGAUCCUGGGGUCCACAACGCCCUCAUCAACCUGAUGCUCACCCGGCCCAAGCCCUCAGUGAUCCUCAUCUGUAGCGAGCUGGAAACCUACAGCCGCUUCAUCCACGGACUCACUGCAAUGCACAUCACCUUCGAAUGGAUCGUGAGCUGCAUUCCUUUUGGCGCACAGUUGCAAACCAAAGUGCCAGGAUCGCCGUUCUUGACGUUCGCCUCAUGGGUUGAUGGAGGGGUACUUGAAACGGUGAAAUUGCAACUAGGCAGGUGCAAUAACUGUUGGUAG